GCUUGAGUAACUGCUUUUUGGCAAGUCGUACGGAAACACCUGCCCGAAAGAAAAAUGGCGCGUUUCAUUCCACUGUUAGCCCUUCUGUCUGCGGCAUUUUGUCUCGGCGUGGCUGGCGUGCUAUCAACGGCUGAUGAACGGAUGCAGAAUGAGGUAGAACCGUCGGACACCGGUGACGUUGCCAACCUGCAGAUGGCGUCUGAGUGGGAUCUGGCGCUCCACAGGGCCAGGCAGACGGACGAUUGUCGCCUGGCAGGUUACAUAAAGAGAAUCGCGAUGCCGUGGUGUCACACGGCCACCGUCCUCAUCAACGCCUGCCGCGGACACUGCGAGUCGCAGACCUCCCUGUCCUCUUACGCCACCGUGCAGGCCUCGGGGGGACUGCAGGUCUCCACCACCAGGGCAAGCUGCUGUACCAUAGCAACUACUCACCAGGUGUCUUUCAACUUGGUGUGUUGGAACGGUGUCCGGACCUACACUAUCGAGUCUGCUGCCAGCUGCACUUGCGGAGUUUGUGACUACAACCAGUAAUGUUUGGGUCAGGGGUCAAAUGCACCAGAUAGACACUUAGGCCACAAGAAAUAGUCAUGCCUUCAGGUACCAGAGUUAUCAACCCAUUGCAAGGAUAGAGGUACAUCUACUACAGGCAUACAUAUGGGCAAUUAUCGGUCUAGCUGCUUGAACAAUGUCAGGAGUCCAUACUUUUCUAAAAAUUUUUAUUAUUUUUUAAAAUGAAAAACAAUUUAAUCUUUGAAAAAAAUAGUGCUUCAAAGAAAAUACAGC